AGUGUUCACUGGACUAUGAAUAGUGUUUUCAUUGUGAGUGUUGAGUUCACGCCUGACAUUAACUUCAGCUCAUGUGGAAACCUUCUGACCUCUUUGAAUAACAUAUUUUAUGCCCUUUAUUUGUGUGUUCAGAAGGAAGAAAGACCAGUGCAGAUGAUGCAUCAGGAAGACAAAUUUAACUACGCCUACGUGAAGGAAGUACAGGCAAAGGUGCUGGAGAUGCCCUAUAAGGGCAAGGAGCUGAGCUUGGUGAUCCUGCUCCCGGAUAAUGGUGUGGACCUCAGCCAGGUGGAAAACAAUCUCACUUUUGAGAAGUUAAUGGCCUGGACCAAACCAGACAUCAUGAAGAGCUCUGAUGUUGAUGUUUUCUUUCCAAAAUUUAAACUACAAGAGGAUUAUGACAUGGCGUCUGUGUUUCAGCACUUGGGAAUGGUGGAUGUCUUCCAAGGCGGCAAGGCUGACUUAUCAGGAAUGUCUCCAGAGAGAGACUUGCGUCUGUCCAACUUUGUUCACAAGAGUGUUGUGGAGAUCAAUGAAGAAGGCACCGAAGCUGCAGCAGCUUCUUCGGUCAUCAUUCAAUGUUGCUGCGCUGUUGAUGUUCCAACGUUCUGUGCUGACCGCCCCUUCCUUUUCUUCAUCAGGCACAACAAAACCAAUAUCCUCCUGUUCUGUGGCAGGUUCUCCUCUCCAUAAAGGCGCAGUUACCAUGUGGGGACAAUUAUCUCUUCAGCAUCUCCACCACUCCUACAGCUCUGUGAGGAUGGUGUAUGGGGCACACCAUGUUCCAAGAUGAGGGUACUUUCCUCCCCUAUUAGUCUCAUCUUACAAUGACAGCAUUUGUCUCCCCCUCUCCUGACUUUCAUUUGUGCCCUUUGUGGAGUCACAGAACUAUAGAGUGCUUUGGGUUUUGUUAUGGAAACAACAAAGAAGGCAAACUAAUCCCACAAGAUGGCCUAUAAAGUUCUCUAAGGUGACCCUAAACAAAUUCCCCCACAUUUCUGCAAGACAAGCCAUGCUAACUAUAUACACUGUGCUUUCCUGGCUCCUCACCUCCUGCCAUUGCUUGCCUUAACCUGCUUGCAUCCUAGUAAAUGCUUCUGUGGAUGAUGGCCGCUACUGCAGUUUUCCUAGUGAGUGGUCCUUAAUGCACAUUUUAACUUCAGUUUGCUUUGCUGUUCCCUGCUCACCAGGUAUGUGCCCACCACGGUGUUAGGCUUGCAGACAGUGUGGUCCUCUAAUCGAUAACCUUGAAUAUCUGCUUUCAACUUAUCUAUCUAGCUGUCAUGACAGCUUGAACUACCACAUGUUCCCUUGCAGAAGUGAUGCUUCUGUAGACUUUUUAUUGUCUUUCUCUAUCACUAUCUAUUAUAGUUAAAUCCUAUGAAGUACUUAAAUGCUAUUUCAAAAUAUAUUAUUUCACCAA